UCCCUGUAGCUUCCCGGGGAGACGCGCUCGUCCGGUCCCCAGGGGCCGGCGAGGCCGCCCACCGCGCGGCGCCGCCCCGAGGUCCCGGGAAGUGGACCCGCGGUGCUCCGGGCCCCCAGUCAAGCCGCGCGCCCGCCCCCUGAGGCCCCAAACCCGCGGAGAGCGCGUGGGGUGGCCGCUACAGGGUCCCAACCCGCCCGGGCUCCCUGAGCGGUCCACACAGCCCGCGCCCCGCCGCCUUCCCGGAACCGCCCACGCCGCGGGGAAGGCGGGGCCGCGGACACCCGGCGGCGCGCCCGGCGCCCCGCUAUCUGCAAUAAUUGCAGCAUCCGCCGCCGCCUGGGGCGAUGCGCCACCCGGAAACCGGCUCCGCCGGGCUACACCGCAGGCCUUUGAGCCCCUUUUCGCAUCCGUGGGGCUGAGCCGGCUGCCUGAGCCGGAGAGCUUUAGAUCCUGUUCUUCUUCCCUCUAUCAUAUUCUUAAUUAUAAAUCAUGGAGAAUCAAGAUAAAACAAUUAACCAUGAAGAUUCAGAACCAUCCACAGAGGUGAAUCACACAGCCUCCAGGUGUCAGGAAAAACAGGAGGAAACAGUUAUGAACCCCAGAGGUAUAGAUGGAAAUGAACCAACAGAAGGAAGUAACCUACUGAAUAGCAAUGAAAAAAUGCAAGAAACACCAGCUGAACCAAAUCAUUUGCAAAGACUAAGACAAACAUUUGCUUGCCCUCCACGUGGUUUACUGGAUAGAGUAAUAACAAAUGUUACCAUGGUGGUUCUUCUGUGGGCUAUAGUUUGGUCAAUUACUGGCCCUGAAUGUCUUCCUGGAGGAAACCUGUUUGGAAUUAUAAUCCUAUUCUAUUGUGCCGUCAUUGGAGGUAAACUUUUGGGGCUCAUUAAGUUACCUACAUUACCUCCACUGCCUCCCCUUCUGGGCAUGCUGCUUGCUGGGUUUCUCAUCAGAAAUAUCCCUGUCAUCAGUGAUAACGUACAGAUCAAGCACAAGUGGUCUUCUGCUUUGAGAAGCAUAGCCCUGGCUGUCAUAUUGGUUCGCGCUGGCCUUGGGCUUGAUUCAAAUGCCCUGAAGAAGUUGAAGGGUGUUUGUGUAAGGUUAUCCUUGGGUCCUUGUCUUGUGGAGGCGUGUGCAUCUGCUCUUCUUGCCCACUUCCUCAUGGGUUUACCGUGGCAAUGGGGAUUUAUGCUGGGUUUUGUUUUAGGUGCUGUAUCUCCAGCUGUCGUGGUGCCUUCAAUGCUCCUUUUGCAGGAAGGAGGCUAUGGUGUUGAAAAAGGCGUCCCGACCUUACUCAUGGCUGCUGGCAGCUUCGAUGAUAUUCUGGCCAUCACUGGCUUCAACACCUGCCUGGGCAUGGCCUUUUCCACAGGCUCCACAGUUUUUAAUGUCCUCAAAGGAGUUUUGGAGGUGGUAAUUGGUAUGGCAACUGGAUUGCUUCUUGGAUUUUUUAUUCAGUAUUUUCCAAGCAGUGACCAGGACAAGCUCGUGUGGAAGAGAGCAUUCCUGGUCUUGGGGCUGUCUGUGCUGGCUGUGUUCAGCAGCCUGUAUUUUGGUUUCCCUGGGUCAGGAGGACUGUGCACGCUGGUCCUGGCUUUCCUUGCAGGCAAGGGAUGGGCCAGCGCAAAGGCCGACGUUGAAAAGGUUAUAGCAGUUGCCUGGUUCAUCUUUCAGCCCCUUCUCUUUGGACUGAUCGGAGCAGAGGUAUCCAUUAUAUCUCUCAGACCAGAAACUGUAGGCCUUUGUGUUGCCACCCUGGGCAUUGCAGUAUUGAUACGAAUUUUGGCUACAUAUCUGCUGGUGUGUUUUGCUGGUUUUAACUUUAAGGAAAAGAUAUUUAUUUCUUUUGCAUGGCUUCCAAAGGCCACAGUCCAGGCUGCAAUAGGAUCUGUGGCUUUGGACACAGCAAGAUCACAUGGAGAGAAACAGUUAGAAGGAUAUGGAAUGGAUGUGUUGACAGUGGCAUUUUUGGCCAUCCUCAUCACAGCCCCAAUUGGAAGUCUACUUAUUGGUUUGCUAGGCCCCAGACUUCUCCAGAAAGCUGAACAUCAAAAUAAAGAUGAAGAAGAUCAAGGAGAGACUUCUAUACAGGUUUAGAGGUGAAAAGAGAGAAUGCUGAAUAUAGUCAUCAGAAAGCUGCUCUCGGAGGCUACUUUUAUCAACUAGCAGAGGCUACUUUUAUCCAUGUGGAUAUUGACAUAUGUAAUGUUUAAGCUUAAAAUAUACUAGAACCAAAGUGUG